GUUUAUUUAUGCUCAUAAUAAUCAAUCUCCACAAACAUUCACUAAACAUAACGAAUUUUUGGAAUCAACGAGUAAAUAAAAUCAUAAUACUCAUUUAAAAUACAUAUUAAUUGAAUGAUCAAUGUUGGAAGGAUGGUAUUGUCGAUCUAUUGCAAACAACAAUGCAGAAGUCGAGGAUGACGAAGAAGACAGUCCGGAAGAAAUUCCUAAUUACAAGGAGCAAUAUCGAAAUUUGAAAAGAAAACUUAAAUUUUUAAUUUACGAAAAUGAAUGUUUUCAAGAAGCUUUACGAUCAACCCAACGGAAGCUAUUGAAAGUAAACAGGGAUAAAAGUUUUCUUUUAGACCGUUUGCUCCAAUAUGAAAAAGUAGAUGCAUCCUUCAGUGAAAGUGAUGAAACUGAAUCUUCAGAAGAUGAAGUGUCACGGCUAGAUACUUCCAAAAAGAAAAAAAUUGAAAUAAACAUGAAUAAUCAUACUCCUCAUGGCCCGCCAACGACAAUGAAACCUUUAAGUACAACAAAAAAGAAAAAAUCAACUCCAAAGGCUCCUAAAGUUCCACAUAAUCCACCAACAACUGUUCAAACGUCGAAUAAUGUCAUGUCAAUGGUUUCCAUGAUGUCUGACGGACAUAUGACUCCUGAAGAAGUUGAGCGGCAUUUGGAAUCGCGUCAAACGUACCUGGAAUUGGUACCUGAAAAGGCACCACCCACUGUUCCAACUGAAAUGUUUAGCAAUGAUCCAUCAUUGGACAGUGAAUCAAAUGAAGUCGGUGAACUUGAAACAUCUCCAAGUAAUAUUGGUGAAGAUUGUUUAAGCGUCGAUAUGAUGGCAGAAUAAUUUUUCCUGUUAACUUAUCAAUUUUAACUCUAUUAUUACUAAAAUAAUGUGAAUUGAUUAAAUUAUAUUUCUUUUAAGUUAAUUUUGGCAUAUCGUAAGAUGAAAUUUUUAAAUAAAACAAUUUCUUUAGAAAGAAAAUAAGUAAAAAUAAAAUAUUUCAAGUAUGCCAAAAGUAUUCUGAAUGCACAAAAUUCUGACGAAAUAUUGAUAAUACACU